GAAGAUCCAGGAGCUGGAGCUGGACCAGGCCGGUUCGGCGGCCGGGUUCUGGAGCGCCGGGCCGCGCCAGUGGUACGAGGACUCGCUCGAGUGCAUCACGGACGAGCUCAGGAACGCCGAGCAGGGCGUCGACUCCAUGGACUCGCUCGCCCUCUCCAACAUCCACAGUUCAUGUGCGUCGGUGGAGGGCGACGGCAGCAAGGAGCGGCAGGUGCUGUACUCGCUGCAGGCGCUGAAGGACGCGGAGGAGCCGGCGGAGGACUGCGACCAGCUGAGCAACAUGGGCACGCUCAACUCCUCCAUGCUGCACCGCAGCGCCAACUCCCUCAAGAGCCUGGGCUCCGAGCUGGACAACGUGGACGCCGGCCGGGAGGCGCGCCGAGAGGCGGAGGAGAUGUUGGCCUCGCCGGUGCACCUGCCGGUUCUGCGGAGAACGCGUUCUCAGUCGCGGCCGCAGCAGGUGAAGUUCUCCGACGACGUGCCGGGCAGUGGGGCGUACGGGGAGGCGGUCGCCAUGGCGACGCAGCGGCAGCCCCCCCUGAGCGAGCGCCCGAGCCGGCGCGUCUACCGCACGGACAACGAGCCGGACCGACGCUCCGUCCAGCUGCAGCGGCAGCCGCAACACCCCUCGCAACACCACCACCACCACCGCAAGCGUCGCCACGGACGCAAGACCCGCUCGGACAACGCCCUGCACCUGCCCCCGCAGGACCGCGGCCCCAUGGCGCGACCCCGCUACGACCACCAGGGGGUGCCAGCGGCACCGACGGCGUCCGCCAGCGCUCAGCAGCACCAGCUCCAGCUGACCCGGCCUGACCCCAAACCCCGUCUCCACGGUCCCCCGCAGCGCCAGCUCUCGUACCCGCACACCACGUCCGACUACGCCCUCCAGCACGCGGCCGCCGCUCGCGCCGCUCACUUCCGCGCUCUCUACGGCUACGAGGACGACGAGGACGAGGACGACUGGUGCUCCACGUGCUCGUCUUCCUCGUCCGAGUCCGAGGAGGAGGGCUACUUCCUGGGGCAGCCGAUCCCGAGGCCGCGCGCCCAACGGAUGCACUACUACGCCGACGACCUUCCGACCCCGGUCACGGCCAUGUCCACCGGGCACCCGUACGACCUGCGGACUAAGUCGAAAAAGCGCGGGAAACAUCGGAGCAAAAACUGCAUUAUCUCAUAA